CCAGACAGUCUGUUAAUACCGUGAAACACCGUGAGGCUGAAGGUGAGGGAUGAGGAGCCGAACCACACAAGUCCAGGACACCACCACAGCGCCUCCCUUCCUGCGAGGGCUCGCGCUGCGCUGGUGGCCAACGCCUGGCGAUCUCGUUCUCGGCCCAAUCCACCAAGAACUGGCCGGAGCUCCCUUCUAUCCCCCAAAUCCGACCCCCCAAGACAUUGAACCACCACCACACCCUCUUCCUCCUUGGGAUAUCAUCCUACCUGUCCCGCUGACCAGCUCCCUCAGCUACUUUCCAGAAGGCUCGCCCUGUUGCUCCGGCCACUCCUCCUCAGCCUCCGCAGCACUCGGACUUCCCAAGAUCGGAAAGGGUGCGCGCGGGCGCGCGAGCGCGCAUGCGCCCCGAGGGCCUGUGCGCCUGCGCACUCGCAGGGCGCCGCGGGGCAGACACACCUCUACCGCUGGAGCCAAUCACCGCGGAGGGGGCGGUUAAAUCUCCUGCCACGCAGGCGGAGAUCCAGGGAACUCACCCGUUAACCUUACAGAUUCCCCCAGUGAGGAGUUCGUGCGGCCAACACCCCUGAAGGCAGCCCUACGUGGGACGCUUUAGUGUUUGAACGCCUAGGAAAAACUACGACUGCCAAAGUCUACAUGGUGUUUUGGCUCGUUUAAACCAGGGAAAUAGAUGCGUAAACGCAUUUCAGUUAACAGAAUACGGUCACAGAAAUUCCGAGGCGCCUUUGGCCAACAAUGAACAAAACUUUAUUUUGAGGAAUGCCUGUAGGAUUGACACAGGAAGUUACUCUUAAAGUCACGAAGGAUAAGUAGGAGUUCCUCCAGAAGUCCACGAGAUAAGAGUUUUCCAGGCAGCAGGAACUACAACAACAACGCAGCACCUUCUGGAAGUUUCUUGAAGUUCAUUCUUGUUAGAAGUUUAAGAGUUCACGUUCUGAGAUAAAAGAAAAUGUGAAAGCAUGAUAGCUCACACCGGGUAGUCCUCAGGCUAUCAGAGGCUGAGGCUGGAGGAUCUCUCGACCUUUGGAAUGUAAAGCCAGACCUGACAACUUAGUGAGAUCCUAUUUCAGAGUAUAGCCUAUCAGUGGAUUGAGGGAGAAUGGAAGAGCCCCUUUAGCCCCGAGACCAUCGCCAUCAGGGCUGAGGCCCAAACUAGGAGAGAUAGCUAGAUAGAUCUUCAAAGGUCUUGUAAAUUUUGGAAUAAUAAACCUAGAAUUCGUUUUAU